UAUCUCAUUCUUUUCCUGAUAUCAACCUUUAGAACCACCUUUCUACGCUGUAAAUAUCAUUCGGCUCUUGACAUAUACAUAUAUAUAUAUAUUCAUCUAGAUAUACAGGGGGAGAUCGAUGGGCGAUGGCAAUGUGAACCUGCCGCCAGGAUUCCGGUUUUAUCCAACGGAUGAAGAACUUGUAGUUCAUUUCCUUCACCGUAAGGCCUCACUCUUGCCUUGCCACCCAGAUGUCAUUCCUGAUCUUGAUCUCUAUCCCUACGAUCCAUGGGAGCUUGAUGGUAAAGCUCUGGCGGAAGGUAAUAGAUGGUACUUCUACAGCCGGAGAACACAGAACAGGAAUACAAGCAACGGUCACUGGAAAUCAAUGGGCAUCGACGAACCAGUCAUCACAAGCUCCGGCAAGAGAGUUGGUAUGAAAAAAUAUUUCGUGUUUUACGUUGGGGAAGCUCCCGCUGGAAUCAAAACAAACUGGAUCAUGCAUGAGUAUCGACUUCCUGAUUCUGCUUCUUCUAGUAGAUCUACUAAACGAUCAGCCCGUGCCAAAACACUAGAUUACAGUAAAUGGGUGGUGUGUAGAGUUUAUGAGGACGAUGAUGGAACGGAGCUUUCGUGUUUGGAUGAAGUAUUCUUAUCUUUGGAUGAUCUUGAUGAAAUAAGCUUACCAAAUUGACCUUCACACACUUCAAUUUGGGUGAGUCUUUUAGUGUAUAUAUAUAUAUAUAUACACACACAACGUGGAAGUGGUACUCCAGUAACAUGAUCAUCAGACUCCGUAGCACUCCAAAUUGUAGAAUCAUGAGACAUCAAUAUUAGUGUUGCACUAUAUGUAUCCGUAACUUGUAAUUUUGGAAUUAACCAAGCAAAAAAUUGAAACAUUUUAGCCAAAACUAAGACAUGAUUGUUGCUACCCAAAAGCAGUACAAUAUAUUUCUAAAUGGGUACUGUUUUC